CCGUUCAGCAUAAAUAAAAGUUCUUUUUCGUUCCAGUAAAAUAAACGCAUACCGCGACAAAAGAAUGGCUGACCCAAAGUUCCAAUAUUUGCCUUACAUUGCUCACGAUCAACCCGACGUGUAUGAGACACCGGACGUGAACGAAACCGAAACAUCCGACUACGACGAGGAUGAACCGGUGAACGAUGCAAUCGAACGGCUGCACAUCUCCACCAAGGAUUCGAUUGGGAAGUUCCGUGGCAAGUAUCUUACCGGUGACGUGGACUUCUCCGACGGCAUCGGUCGCAAGAAUCGGCUGGGCUACGACGCACGCAGCAUGGAGUACGAGCUGGCCGGCGAGGGCGAACGGGAAACUCCACUCCAGCGCUGCCACCGGCUCAAGUGCGAAAUGAACGAGCUGAUGGAAGAAAUUGAAGCGUCCCGUGCGGAUACGGGUCGUACGGCGGAAGAGAAAGCUUCGUACGAGACGGUGUUUGGGGUGGUCAGUACCGCGAAGAAGGUGUUGGAAAGUUUGAAGCUCGAGCAAGUCAUCGGUAGCGAAGUGGUUGCUGGCGGCGGUGAUGCAGAGGCGAAGAAACUGAUUGCCCAGAUUGAGGAGUACAAGAAGACGGGUGCCGUCACGAGCAGCGAUCCGAAGCUGGUUGCGAACGAGCUGAUGCAGAGUGCCCGGGUGGCGAAGCUGGAACAUCGGCUGCAUCAACUGGAGGUUGCUGUCGGUGCAAAACCGGAACGUAUUAGCCGUUUGGCAGGGACAACCGGCACGGGCAAUCUGAUCGAAGCGGUACAGAAUAUAUCGGCCAAGGCGGCACUGUUGCAACCGUCCCAGUUGGAUACGGUCGAGCAGCGGUUAAAUAAUCUCCUUCAGCAGAUGAACAACAUACAGGAGAAAUCGAACGCUACUGGGCAGGAUCCGAACCGGGAGCAAAAGAUCUUGGAGCUUUAUGAAAUAGCGAAGAGCACCGAACCGAUCGUACAGAUACUCCCCGAUAUGCUGCACCGUAUGCAAACCUUGGAAUCCUUGCACAAAUAUGCUACAAACUUUAGCAAACUGUUUGCCGAGCUGGAAACAACGCAAUCAUCCAUCCUGAACGGUGUUGCAGCCAACAAGACGCUUCUCACCGGCGUACAGGAAGCAUUCGCACAGAAUCUAGAAAACGUUAACAAAGAGGUAAAGAAGCUAGAGGAACGCAUGACCAAACUGCAGCAAACGAUUAAGUAGAUCAACCUCA